AUGAAUUAUCACUUCACAUGUUGCCCGUUCCUUUCUCUUCUCGAUGAAAUAAGGAAGUAUCUUAGAAAUUUCUUUGAGAUUAUAUAAACUUUAGUGUUUGCUCGACUCUUUGAAUGGGAAAAAAAGAAUCAGUCAAUAAAUAAGAAGGUUUGAAGAACAGCGAAUUUGGACGACGAUGGUGAUUAAAACGGAAAUUACAGCAAACAGAGAGAUUGGCGGGCUUUUAAAUUCUGCACUUUCUCGAAAUGAUUUGGUUUCAAUCUAUGUAUUUCCAGAUUCAGACCAUCAUUUGCUUGGAGCCUGGAUGACAAAAGAGUACAGGAAAACUCACAGGGAAGUCGAUAGAAUGAAAACGAAUGAUCUUAGCUCUUCAAAUUCACAAACAAGUUCAAAGCGAAAGGUUAUAAAAAAGAUCGCUGAGCGUUGCGCCGCCAUGGCUGUAUUUACAGGAACAAAUCCAGAGGAGACCUCGUGGUAAGUUGACUUAUUAUUGAUGAAAGUUAAUCCUGGAGUUCUUUCCUUUGAUGCUA